AUGGAGGGGCUCACCUUGUACGAGAAGAAGGCUCUGGUUGUCAAUCGCGAGCUCGCCCAGCAAGGGAUGGGCCGCUACCAGUGGAUGGUGUUUUUCCUCUGUGGCUUUGGCUACUUUCUGGAUCUGCUCUGGGCGCAGGCCUUCGGCCUCAUCCUCGCCUCCAUCAAGCAGGAGUUUGGCUUUGGUGACAUCGAAGCGGGCAACCUCAGCACUGCCUUCAACGCCGGUCUUACUGCUGGCGCUCUCUUCUGGGGCAUCGUGACGGACAUCAUCGGCCGCUACUGGGCAUUCAACUUCACCGUCCUCAUCGCCAGUGUGUUUGGCAUCUGCCUCGGCGCGCCCGACACCUACAACGGCGUCCUGGUCCUCGCCGCCUUUGUGGGCAUUGGCAUCGGCGGCAACGUCCCCAUCGACACCACCAUCUGCCUCGAGCUGCUGCCUCGCAACAAGCGCUGGCUGCUCCCGACGCUGUCCGUCUUCCAGCCCCUCGGUGUCAUCGUCUGCUCCGCCAUUUCCUACGCCUUCAUCCCCUGGCACUCGUGCGCCCCAAAUCUCAAGUCCUGCAACACCACCCUGCCUGGCGAGCCGUGCUGCGCCAAGGCCGACAACUGGGGCUGGCGCUACACCAUGUUCACCCUCGGCGGCAUCACCAUCACCGCCUUCAUCGCCCGCUUCUUCCUCUUCAAGUUCAAAGAGUCGCCCAAGUUCCUCCUCUUCCGCGGCAACGACGCCAAGGCUGUCGAGGUGCUCGAGUACAUUGCCAACUUCAACAAGGUGCCCUGCAACGUGACUCUUGAGAGCUUCACCAGUUUGACCGAGGACGACGCGUCCGUCAGCGGCACCGAGAGCGACGGCCGCAUCGUGCUCGGCUCUGGCGAGAAGCAGAAGAAUCUGUCGCUAUGGCAAAAGGUCAAGUUUGAGCUCGUCCGCCUACGCGUGCUCUUCGACAGCCCCGUCAUGGCGUGGCUGACCAUCUGCGUCUUCAUCAUCUACAUGUUUGACUAUUUCGCGUUCUCCAUUUCGGGCGCGUUUCUGCCCUAUAUUCUUCGCAGCAAGGGUGCCCAACUCGGGCUUGGUCUGCAGUGGACGUACCUGUCGUACAUCUACAUCAAGCUGUUUGGCAUUCCCGGCGUUCUCGCGGGCACGACCAUCUACAAGUGGCGCCGCCUGUCCAUGAUCGCCUCGUCGGCGCUGUUUGGCGCCAUGCUCUUCACCUUCACCACGGUGACCAACGCGCCCAGCUACAUUGGCAUCAGCGGGCUGGUGUACUGCUUCCAGUCCAUGUUCAACGCGAUCCUGUACGGCAUGACGCCAGAGUUCUUCCCGGCUCCCAUUCGAGGCACUGCAUGUGGCGCCGCCUCGUUCUGGGGCCGAGUCUUCUCCAUCAUUGCGCCGCUCGCGGGCGCGCGUGUACUGGCCGUCAGCCAGAACGGCGUGCUGUACCUUGCCGGCAGCAGCGCCUUCAUCAGCACAAUAUUCAUCUGUCUCCUGCCGGGACGAUACAUUGGUGGACAGAGCUACUAG